AUUCCCCCACGGGUGAAAAAUAGAAAAAUCAGGAGCCGGAGACCACCCGCGUGCUCUGCUCACACAUCCUUCAGCAGUCGUCGUCCUCGUUGAUAAGCAGGGGAGGUGGAUCACUCGAACGAACCUAAUAAUAAGUGAGCUUCCAGGUCGGGGAGAGGGACCGCCGGUGGAAAAACUUUGGAGGCGCCCAACUUCCAAGAUACCCACUAGCUCCCUCCCAGCCUCCCACCUUGCCCUUUCCACCCUUCGCUGAUGCUAGAAUGAUGGGAUUUUUGGAGCUCUAAGACAAGUACUACUGAUCCUUGCGCUUCACUCGCCCUCUUGCUCCCUGCGUGUUCUUGAUUUGGCCUCAAAAUUUGUUGCUUGUUUUCUCGUGUUUGAGGUGACAUCUCGGUUCUAAAAAUCUGCCAGAUUUCUUCUCCCUGUUUGUAUGGACAAAUUUGGGAACGAACCCUAGUCUGUGUGUGAAGCAGCCAAAGUAGUGUUCUUGCGGAGCAAAGCAAAGCUAAAGCGGCAGCAGUUGGUGAGGAUACAAGAGAUACAGAAGGGCUUGUUAGAUUCUGAUUCGGCACAAGCACAAUACCAUCAGGUGAACAAGAGCCAUUUGGUCUUGGGCAUGGAGAAGCAAUCCAGCACCCGGCAUGGUGCCCUAGAGAAAUUGAAGAGCUUCCGGGGGAUAGAGAAGCAGAGAAGCUUCAAGUUCUUGUCCAUGGAGAAGCAGCAGAGCUUCAAAAGGAACAAGGACAGCCCGGGGAAGCGGGGUGACACCGCACUCCACCUUGCGGCGAGGGCUGGCAGUGUUGCACAUGUCCAGAGGAUCCUUGCGGAGUGUGAUCCAGAGCUGCUGGUGGAGUUAGCUGCCCGCCAGAAUCAGGACGGUGAGACUGCUUUGUAUGUGUCUGCUGAGAAGGGCCAUGUCGAAGUUGUGUGUGAGAUUUUGAAGGCUUCUGAUGUGCAGUCAGCUGGACUCAAGGCCAGUAACAGCUUCGACGCAUUCCAUAUUGCGGCAAAGCAGGGCCAUUUGGAUGUCUUGAAGGAGCUGUUACAUGCCUUCCCCUCACUAGCAAUGACAACAAAUUCUGUAAAUGCCACAGCUUUGGACACUGCUGCAACUCAGGGCCACAUUGACAUUGUUAAUCUUCUGCUAGAAACAGAUGCAAGCCUUGCUAGGAUUGCAAAAAAUAAUGGAAAGACAGUUUUGCAUUCAGCAGCAAGAAUGGGUCAUGUGGAGGUGGUAACUGCUCUAUUAAAUAAGGAUCCAGGGCUUGGUUUCAGAACAGAUAAGAAGGGACAAACAGCUCUACACAUGGCUUCAAAAGGCCUGGCUUCAAAAGGCCAGAAUGCAGAAAUUCUGCUCGAGUUGUUGAAGCCUGAUGUCUCAGUUAUCCAUGUAGAAGACGGCAAGGGGAAUAGACCAUUGCAUGUUGCAACUCGGAAGGGAAACACCAUUAUGGUUCAGACCCUAAUAUCAGUUGAGGGGAUUGAAAUCAACGCGGUUAAUAGAGCUGGAGAGACUGCUUUUGCUAUUGCAGAGAAACAAGGUAAUGAAGAGCUCGUUAACAUCCUGAGAGAGGCUGGUGGAGUAACUGCAAAAGAGCAAGUAAAUCCUCCUAAUCCAGCAAAGCAGCUUAAGCAGACAGUCAGCGAUAUCAGGCACGAUGUUCAAUCACAGAUCAAGCAAACACGGCAGACCAAGAUGCAAUUCCAGAAAAUCAAGAAGAGAAUCGAAAAGCUCCACAUCGGUGGGCUAAACAACGCCAUCAACUCCAACACCGUUGUCGCGGUGCUUAUCGCCACCGUUGCCUUUGCCGCCAUAUUCCAGCUCCCUGGUAAUUUUCUGGAGGAUAUGAGUCAGGCACAUGGCCCAGACAUGACCUUGGGGCAAGCAUGGAUAGCCAGUGAGCCAGCCUUCAUAAUCUUCUUGGUUUUCGACGCUCUGGCUCUCUUCAUCUCGCUCGCGGUCGUCGUGGUCCAGACGUCUCUGAUCGUCGUCGAACAGAAGGCCAAGAAGAAGAUGGUCUUCGUGAUAAACAAGCUGAUGUGGCUCGCGUGCCUCUGCAUCUCGGCGGCCUUCAUAGCGCUGACCUACGUCGUCGUGGGCCGAGACGACGAGUGGCUGGCCUGGUGUACGAUGGCGAUCGGCACCGUCAUCAUGGUGGCCACUCUGGGUUCAAUGUGCUACUGCAUUGUCGCUCACAGGAUGGAGGAGAAGAGCAUGAGGAGGAUCAGGAGGACCUCCACGAGCCAGUCGUGGUCCAUAUCGAUCGACUCCGAAACGGAGCUGAUGAACAGCGAGUACAAGAAGAUGUACGCCAUUUAGGAUAGGCAACGGCCAUGCUUGCCAUCUGAGUCCUGUAUAUACUGGUACCCAAAGUCCAUGGCAUUGGAUUGACUGAGCUAUAUUUUAGUCCGUAGACAUGGCACCUGUAUGUAACUGCAGACAGUCUGCAGCCUCCGCCCACGAACGUAGAUAGGGUGUAGCCACCUUUUUGUUGGCAAAAUAUGAACAUUUGCCAAGCACGAUGCCCCUAUCUUAUGCUGUAUUUUUGUGGGUGCGGCAAUGAAAACCAUGGGAUUGUAUCUGUAUAGUAGAAUAGUAUGGAAUAAGUUGACCUUGUGUCAAAGGUUAUGUGGUCGUGCGUGGAUGCUCUUUUGAUGCGACAUUAGGCUGGAUGGAGUAGGCUGAGGGAAAAGAAAAGAAAAAUAACAAUGGUCACAGAUGACAUUUUGGA